CCCUUGAUCUCACCGCAUCGUCAAUAGCCUCCACGGGUUAGCAGCACGCGGCGAGUAUCGCCGUUUCCUCUUGCCAACCCUGUAUCAGGCGAGUGAAUGAUGCAUUCGACCGUCAUCUGAGCGGCACUCGCGACUGUGUCCAGACGCAUCUCCGCGAAGCGAGCAGCGAUACAGCGAAUCACCAUCGACCGACCCCUGGAACCUUCGAUCCCGGUGACAUCAACGGCCACCUUUUCCCUAACCACGAAUUAUUCUUCCCGCACGUGUUGCUGCCGUGGCUGCACUCAAUAUCAUGGCUUCUCAACUCCAGGUCAAUGGACAGACCCGCCCAGGGAACGUCCGACACCCCACCGCACCAGGAAUGAUGAUGAACUCGCACUUUGCAGGCGUCGGCGAGAACGCUUCCAAGGAGUCGUACGAGCAUGGCAUCCAGGUUAUUGAUGAGGACAAGGUGUUCAACCAGAACCUUUCUACGUACCUCCGCAUCGAGGACAUCAUCCCCGCUGGCUUCAACUACCACCUCAUAUCCGUUUUCGGUUCGCAGUCCACGGGCAAGUCGACGCUGCUCAACUACCUUUUCGGCACACAGUUUGGUGUCAUGUCCGAGCAGGAACGUCGCCAGACCACAAAGGGCAUAUGGAUGAGCAAGAACAAGCGUCCGGCGGGGGGCUCGGGCAUGGCAGAAAACAUUUUGGUCAUGGAUGUCGAGGGUACAGAUGGACGAGAGCGAGGCGAGGACCAAGACUUCGAACGAAAGAGUGCCCUGUUCGCCCUUGCAACGAGCGAAGUCCUUAUUGUCAACAUCUGGGAACACCAGGUCGGAUUGUACCAGGGUGCGAACAUGGGCCUGCUGAAGACAGUAUUUGAAGUCAAUUUACAGCUGUUUGUCAAAGACAGCAAAAACACCCCCAAGUCACUCCUCUUCUUCGUCAUCCGCGACCACCUAGGAACGACGCCUCUCAAGAACCUACAGAACACACUUAUACAAGACCUGUCGAAACUCUGGUCUACCAUCUCGAAACCCAACGGACUCGACAAUUCCCGCAUAGAGGAUUACUUUGACUUCGCCUUUUGUGCCCUCCCACACAAGAUCCUACAGCCGGAGAAGUUUGAGGAAGCAGUUACAAAGUUGAGUCUGCGAUUCAGGGAAGGGUAUAGCGACCCCAAGAAGAGUGGCCUGAUCGACGAGACGGAACUUCCCAUCUUCCAACCACAGUACCACCGACGGAUACCCGCAGACGGCUUCCCCGCAUAUGCGGAUGGUGUCUGGGAUCAAAUUGUAAACAACAAGGACCUGGAUCUUCCAACACAGCAGGAACUCCUGGCCCAGUUCAGGUGUGAUGAGAUAUCCAGAGAGGUCCUGGUUGCAUUCGACGAGAAGAUCACACCACUGGAGGACAAGCAAGCAGAAGAUACUCGGAUUGGACAACCUUCCGUCAUACCAGACCUGGGUCUCACAAUGAACGCCGCACGAACGCAGGUGUUCAAGGACUUCGAAACCAACGCGAGCAGGUACCACAAGGGCGUCUAUAAGCGAAAGCAGGCGGAACUUGAGGGCAAGGUCGACACACGGCUCAAGGCGCUUUCUCAGAAACAACUCAACGCCGCUCACAAGUCUGGCGUCGAGAACUUCACAAACGCUGUCAGCGCUGCUGUGAAGAAUGGCCAGAAGAAGGGAUCUUCAUACGACUUUGCUCAGACCAUUGACUCGGAGAAGAAGCAAGCUUUGUCCAAAUUCGAGGACGAUGCAAAAGCUAUUACAGUCGAAGGCGCCUCUUGGAGCAGCUAUGAGCACGAGAUAAAGAUCUACCGCAAAGAGUUGGACGACGUCUCGUCUCGCCUCCGCAAGGAUGAAAUGAGGCGACUGGCCACACGGAUAGAACGCUGGGUACGGUCACGUUUGGACGAGUCUGUCGGCCUUGAAUUCAACAAACUUGGUUCUGGACGUGGAGGCUCCGGUGCACCCGAGCACGGCGAGCGACCUCCAUCCGAGAAGGACCUCUGGGACCGUGUCUGGACUAUCUUCACUGACACCGUCUCCAGCGCAGAGAAGCGCUUCACUGAUCGCGCACAAAGCUUCGACGCUAGUCCCGAAGAAGUGGAAGUCGGUCUGUGGCGAUUACGACGCAAAUCGUGGGGUGUACUUCGCGCGAAGAUUGACGAGGAGGUUAUGGAAGGCAACAUCCUGCUUAAGUUGAGGGAAAACUUCGAAGACAAAUUUCGCUACGACGAGAGCGGCGUUCCCCGCAUAUGGCGACCCACUGACGACAUUGAGGGUAUUUAUACCAAGUCCCGCGAAUCGACCAUCACCGUCAUUCCACUUCUCGCACGCUUCAAGCUUUCGAAGACUGCUGCGCCGCCACCACUCGAUUCGUGGAUUGGCGAAGCGCCUGAAUCUGCAUCGCCAGCCGACGAAGACGACUUGGCGCCUAUUGGCGGUGUUGACGAUGACGAGGGAAAGACCCUAGAAGAAGAAAUGACCAUCCUCAGCGACACUAAGCAAGCCGACCUCCUCAUCCGCUUCAAGAAAACCGCAGAUGGUGUGUACGUAGAGGCCAAGCGCAGCGCGAUCGGUGGUAUGACACAGGUCCCGCUGUACUUCUACGGCUUGUUAUUGGCGUUGGGCUGGAACGAGAUAGUAGCUGUUCUACGCAACCCAAUUUACUUCAUCUUCCUCAUCCUCUGCGGUGUCGGCGCUUACGUUACUUACACGCUCAAUCUGUGGGGCCCCAUGGCGCGCAUGGCGAAUGCAGCGUCGUCCCAGGGUCUUGAAGUGGGUAAGGAGCGAUUGAGGGCGUUCCUCGAGAGCAGCGAGUCGGGGCGCCAGGCUAUGGCUAUGAGUGGACAGGCCCAGAACUCCACAAGGGAGAGGCAGAAUGGGAGUACGAAACUGAAUGGUCAUGACAAAACGGACGACAUCGAGUUGGACGACAUUUGAUUGGGGGUAGGACUCAGGCUGGACUUUUGAGCAUGGUAGGGUUGUAGUCAUGGGUUUGUACAACUACUGUCUAGGAUAGGAUUGGCAGUUGGGUGGUCUCUUCCUAGUCCCUAGGGGUUUACUUCUUUCCUGCAAUAAAAUGGGUUAUGUUCGACCUUGC